CUUAUUUACACGGUUUGUCGAAAUUCUUAACCAAUGUCGCAUAUAAAACGAAUGUUUACAAGCAGAUUCUUUAGUAAAACUGUUGAAGAUCGUAGGAUAGUUGUAAGACGUCGCUAUGACAUACGGUAUGAGAUACUACUUGUGCCUUGCGAUCCUUGUCGUUUGCGAAGCGGCAAGAAUACCCAGAGUAACCGAGCAACCAUAUUUUCCGAAUUUUCAAGAUAUUUAUCCGAAUCGUAAUUAUCAAACUGAGUCAGUGAAUAACCACGAUGAUGGGCCAUUUUUCGAGAACUAUAGAGCGCAUGAAGGGAACGCAGGUAUAGGAAACGAGUUUUACGAUCAUCGAACUCCCAUCGGUGGCCGAGCAAAUUUUCUUCAUCAUCUCACAAGAGGUAACGAGAGUGUAUUGUUAAUCGUUUCCAAAGUUAUUAGUCAAUCUUUCGUGUUUCAGUUCCGUUCGAAGAAUUUAGAGGCCGAGACGCUGUUCCCCGGCAUUAUGACCGAUUUAAUCAUGCGAUUAAUUACGAUUAUCAGUUAUAAAGAUUUUAUCAAGUUUACGUUGAUCUGAUGUAUAUCGAAUAUAAUUAACGCUGCAAACG